AUGAUUAUUCUUACUGGGUGGUACAAGAUAAAGAGCAGGCGUCCCCCUUUAGGGUUAAAUCCCAAUGUUGUUGGUGGUAACACAAACACAGCAGUUACUGUGUCGGUCAGUAAUGAUGAUCAUGAGGAUACUGAUAAACUAGGUGUUCAGAAUGGGCAGGGCCAGGAUAACAUUCAAUCUCUGAACGUUGGAAAUCUAUCCCGUAACCAAGUGCUAGCUUUCAAGCCAAAUCCUAUGUAUGCAGGUACAGGUAACGCAGCAGUUUCUGUAAUGGCCAGUGGUGAUGAUCACCAGUAUGAAGACAUUGACAAAGCGUGUAUAAAGACAGGGCAGGGUCAGUCUCAGGCCAUCACUAAACCCAACACAAGCACGGCCAGUGGUGAUGAUCACCAGUAUGAAAAUGUUGACAACACACGUGCUAAGACAAGACAGGGUCAGUCUCAGGCCAUCACUGCAUCCACCACAAACACCACAGCUACUGUAAUGGCCAGUGGCGAUGAUCAGACAGGGCAUUACCAAUCUCAGUCUAAUAUUCAAUCUCUGAAAAUAGCCAAUAGUCAUGAUAAUACAGGGCAGGGCCAGUCCCAGGCCGUGACUGAAUCAUUGGAUGCUAGAAAUCUAUCUUAUGGUACAGGGCAGACUGCCUCACAGCAGAAUCCUAUAUACAAAGCUGUGACCCAGUCUCAGACCACAGCAAACACAGCUGUCGUAAUGACCAGUGGUAAUGUUCAGGCAGGGCAGGGUCAGUCUCAGAUCAUCACUAAAUCCAACACAACCCCCAAAGCUACUAAUCCGUAA